UGUUUUACGAAGCAUGGAAGUUCCAUAGUGCCUCUAAAAUCGCGCGCCAUCCCUUGAUCGGCAGGGCUGUUUCAUAACGUUGUGUAAUGUGGGUUAUGCAGGCUAACUUUCCACGUAGUAAGAGCUGCUAACGCAAGCAGAUGCCCGUGUCAGAAACGAUACAGUACGCGAACGCGCCUGGUCGAUGGUCGGUAGGCAGUGCGGAAGAAAGGGAGUGUAAGGGGGACAAAUUUCUGCAUUUAAACCGAAUCACAAGGGACCCGGAGUGGAAGAGACAAAAUUGGUGCGGGGGAGGUUCACAUCAAUAUUAAACCAGAACAUCUGAUGGAAUCCUUCUAACUGCCGCUAGCCGUUCACAAUCCAUUCACGGGCAACGUUUUUAUAACAAACGUUCAAAGCAAAUCACGGAUCUGGCUCAACAAGCCUCCCGACUCGUUACGGCUUUGUGGACUCGAUUACAAACGAUCCAGGGCAGCCUGAAAUUGACGAUUGUGAUUCGGCAGCGACACGAGUUGGCCGCAUGCUUCUGGCAGUAGUGGGAGGCGGACACUGGUCUGGGACUCAACGGAGAAAACGCCGCUCUGGGACUGUUCGGCGAGGACGUCGCUGCUGAUUUUCAGAUAGCUGUCGGUUUUGGUAAGGGGUUCAUCUGCUCCAGAGAGAGGAGUUACAGCCUGAUGCCUUUGGCGUGAGUUUGUAGUCCCAAGCUGGGGGGGCGGGGCUCGCAGUUGAUGAGAACAUUCCACACACUCCUCCCUCCCUGCCUCUGAGCUCUACCCACAGCCCCAUCUCCAUGGCGAUGAGCAGCGACCCUGGCUGCGCGCAGGCUGACCUGGACCCCGACUCCUCCCAGGAUGAGGUUGCCGACAAGAUGGCCGCCAUCAUCAUAACGGAUCCAACCACCAGUGGCCUGAGGAAUGGGGCAGGGCUCAAGAAGCCUCCUCCCCGACGGCCACACCUCUCUGGCAGGAAGAUGUCGCUACAAGAGAGAGGGACGUACCUGUCAGCCGGGGGUGGGGCAGAACGGUUCUUGCACAUUUCACCACGGGUCGCCCGCCAGCCCACCGUCGAGUCCAAGCGCGUGUCCAUCUCAGACGCACAGGACUGCAUCCAGCUUAACCAGUACAAACUGAAGAGUGAAAUUGGGAAGGGCUCUUAUGGUGUGGUCAAGCUGGCGUACAACGAGGACGACGACAAGUAUUAUGCAAUGAAAGUGGUGUCUAAGAGGAAACUGAUGAAGCAGUAUGGCUUUCCACGACGUCCGCCACCCCGUGGACCGAAGGCAGUGCUUGGCGACCAGCCCAAAGUGCUGGGCCCUCUGGAGAGGGUCUACCAGGAGAUCGCCAUCCUGAAAAAGCUUGACCACCUCAACAUCGUCAAACUGGUGGAGGUACUGGAUGACCCUGCUGAGGACAAUCUACACAUGGUGUUUGAGCUCAUGCAGAAAGGCCCUGUGAUGGAGGUACCGACAGACAACCCCUUCGCUGAAGAGCAGGCCCGUUCCUACUUCAGAGACGUCAUCCUGGGCAUCGAGUACUUGCACUACCAGAAGAUUGUCCACAGGGACAUCAAACCGUCCAAUCUGUUGCUGGGAGACGACGGGCAUGUGAAGAUAGCUGAUUUUGGUGUUAGUAACCAGUUUGAGGGGAACGAUGCAUUGCUCUCCAGCACAGCUGGGACUCCUGCCUUCAUGGCCCCAGAGACCCUGUCUGACAACCGCAAGAGCUUCAGUGGGAAGGCUCUCGACGUGUGGGCAAUGGGGGUAACGCUCUACUGCUUCGUGUUUGGCAAGUGUCCUUUUAUUGACGAAUACAUAUUGGCGUUGCAUAACAAGAUCAGGAGCAAGCCUGUGGAGUUCCCCGAGCCGCCUACCAUCAGCGAAGCACUGGGGAACCUUCUCCAGAGAAUGCUGGACAAGAACCCGGACACCAGGAUCACUAUUCCCGAGAUCAAGCUGGACCCCUGGGUCACAAAGGAUGGUGCUGACCCGUUGCCUUUAGAGGAAGAGCACUGCACUGUGGUGGAGGUGACAGAAGAGGAGAUUCAGAACUCUGUCAAGUUUGUCCCCAGCCUGUCUGCCGUGAUCCUGGUGAAGGCCAUGUUGCGGAAGCGUUCGUUCGGGAACCCUUUCGAGUGUCCCAGCAGGAGAGAGGAGAGGUCUAUGUCUGCUCCAGGAAGCCUGCUCAUGGACUCGUGGCCGUUCCGUCCCUCUCUAAAACUCCACCCCUCUUUAAGAAAAGGUAGCAGUGGGGAAACUGGGCGAGAGGCGGAGCUAGAGGACCUGCACGAAGAUGAACCGCCUUCCUCUUGAGUGGCCAAGUCCCUUCUGAUGCUCACUGAUAACUGUGCACUUGUCAGCCCUUGGCCCAGCCCUUUAGCCAUUCUUACUGUAUAGGCAAACAUAACCUUAUUAUUACACUGUAUUACGAUCACAAAGUUCCCUUGAAAAUGGAAACACUUCCUAACGCACUUAUGUCUGCAACCUACUGAAGUGAAAUUCUGCUUGUCCCUCGUUAUUUAUUCCCUGCUCGUACUUCUUAAUUAUUCAGUGCCAAAAUUCCUAGCAGGUUAGCCCAACCUCCCUUGCAUUUUGUCCUUCUUGCUGGCGUUUGCUCCUGUGCUUGCCCCGCCCAUCAUGUGAAGCCACUCCCUCCACCCGUACCUGCAUUUCUACUUCCGUCAGCCCUCGGCACCCUUAGGUCUGAUAACAAGGCGUGUUUGAAAGACAAACAUUGCAUGACAUUGGAAAAAAGAAAAAAAAAAGUUCUUGUGAUAUUAUGGAUGAAGCGCCUGAAGACUUGGAGCUAAUUCUAAAAAGCGUUGCUUCAACAGCUCCUUCUCAAUUCUAGAAAAAGAAGAAGAAAAAGUCCUGUUGUGGUGCCCUCUAAAGGUAGACGUGAGCAUUAAAAUGGCUUGAUCAGAUCAGUAGGGUUUUUUGUACAUGGAUGGAAUGGAAUGUUGAUGUUGUCCUACCUUGUCACACUUUUCAUACUGUAAUAUUUAUUCUCAAAUGGCCUGUUUAAUAUGCUUGCCACUUCCGUAUAUUUUAAUGUUCAGGGUUUGUUUGUUUUUUUUGUUUUUUUAGUGACAUCAUGAAACAUUGCAUCUUUUUCUCUCUCACACACACACACACACAGAAAAAUGACAGCCAGUACGAUAGGGCUCUCGUAUGUAUUUCUCACACACACACACAUACACGUACGCAAAAUGCAACAGAAUAGGGCUUAUACAAUAAAAUCUAGUCUGUUAGAGUGCUCCUCAUUUUAAACAUUUACACACACACACAACUUCCUGUGAUGGUGAAUAUCACAGAUCCUCCAUUCAGACUGUACUGGUAAUAGAGAUACGGUAUUGUCCCAGUGCACCAUUGUCUACAGCAGAAUGUGUUAUUUACGAAGCCACCCCAUUCCAAACGGUUUAUUUGUCAAUCAGCAUUUCCGACAGGCUCGACAGUUUUGCUCUCGCUGUCCAUGUCUCACACACACACACACACACACACACACACACACACAAAAACAAAACCACCCACAGGAGUGAAAGAGCAUGUUCUUGCAGAAACAGAGAAGCACUUUUGGCUCCGCCUCAGCAUAUUCCAUCGGCCGACGUGAACGUGCCGGUGAGUUUGAGAACCUGGUUUACUCCACUGUGAUAGCAGGAUGAUCUCCCUCUCUUCUCGCGCGUCCUGUCAUCCUGACUCGACCGAUGAGUGCGGGCUCACAAUGCAGACACACUACUGAACGUAUACCAGGAACCACUUUGACGUGGACUCAGUCACCCCUGUUGGAUGCCACCCAGAGCCUUUGUAAUGGCAUUGAUAUCUACUGCAUGCCCUCCAGGCAUCUCCCAAUGGUUGUUAACCCCAAGCCUGUAUUCAAGCAUCCCAGUCCCACUGAAAGGCCAUCUUUGACUGUGUCUGUGUGCCUGCACUCUCCAACACACCCCUGCCAGUGAUGAUUUUACAUCUUCCCCACUCCCACACUCCUGUGUUUUCUCUUUCUGGGUUUAAUUGUCAUGGACAAAUUGUAAAAAUGUCUUUUUGCCCAUUGGAUGGAACCAUCUCAAGGAUCUGCGCUUUGAGUGAAAUGAAUGUACAACAUGUGGGUCUGGUAUCUGUUUGCAUGUGUGUCAUUGUAAGGAACGUAAUGGCUCAUGCACACACGGGUAACUCUGUUGCGUUUGGAGAGGAUGUGAGUGGGUUAUUGGGGCGUUUGGAAAUAUGCGACGGGGGUGUGGCAUAACCCCAAAUGCAGAUAUACACAUACUCCAGUGGAAGUACCACAAAAAAAAGUGUAUACUGUAUAUCACAACUGUGUGUGUGUGAGGGAGAGAGAGAGAUGGUAUGAGGGCUUAAUAAGGGAGAGGGUCAUCGUAGGUUUGUGUGUGUGUGUGUGUGUGUAUACGUACUAUAUCAAUGUAAUACAUUUGUCCCGUUAAUGUUGACUAUGCACUUGAAUGUCGUUUGUAUGUUGUAUAUGUGUCCUAUGGCAUGAGCCUAACCUCAGUAUAACGCUUUUCCUAACAUUUUACGAAAUACACUUUAAAAUCAGGUAUAUAGUUUAAUGUGCUAUGACUCAAGUAUCUAUUAAACACGGCAUGAAUGAAGUUAACUAUAAAAACCCCUUCAACGCAUUUCCUGCAUUGUACAGUGACCUAAGAUAACACAUGCUAAUCUAACACACGCUAACGUGUGUAUAGCUGCCUGCACUGGUCCUGCUUUGGAGCAACUUGACGUUAUCUCCAGGCUUUCUUCAAUUCAGUACUUUUAUGCCACUCACUGUGCUAUACUGUCCAGAACCACCUAUAACCAUCUGUAACUAUCAUAACCGUCCGUAAGUAAUUGCAUGGUUCUCAGUCACAGUCUAUGGGAGCCCCUCAAUCCUUCUUACUUUCCUGGCUCAGACACACCUUGCUUACAUACAUCUGGCCCAGGUCAUGAAGAUCUCUAGAGUUUGCAGAAGAGCUGAAUCAAAUAAGAUAUUGGGUCAGGGAAAGUGUUUACAUACAUUGGCUCUCCUCAAGCUGGGUUAGGAAACUUAAGUGGAGUCAUUUUGGGGUCCUUUCAACUGUUUGGAGGGGUGCUGAGGUGGGUCUAAAGUUUGCACUGUCUCAAUAAGAUUAUUGCCUGGUCACUUUUUGUUAGCAAAACUUCAGAUCCAAAGCCUUUGUGGCUGUAGAUAUCUGUCAUUUAGUGACAGUAUGCAAGAAUGUGCCUUUUUCGAAGGGCUUUGAGGUGAAUUUUGAACAGGACGUUUCUCCCGUAUAACCGUCCCUAUAACUUCCCCGUGCUUGAGUGACUGUCGUUGCUGUUACGUGGGUGUCUGUGUUCAUGUGCAUUAACCUGAAUGUACUUAUAAUCGUUAAGGUGAAAACUACAAAAAAAGGCAUGACACAAAAACUAUUGAAUGCAACUUGUUACAUUGUAAAUAUGUACCAAAAUAUAUAAAGAGGCUAUUUUUUGCAUGCUUUUUGUACACUUAGAAUUAAAGACAAUAAAGACAUCACAACCAAUUCA